CCACAACUCUAACUGGUAUUGUGCUCUAUUUAGUGUGUUGCGGCCAGGAUAAACACCGCAAAUAGUACCAUGGUGACCUUAUUCGCGUAGACGGGCAGUGGCAGGAGCGACUUGAAACCCCAGAGCGCUCAGGCACUAACUAAUCUUAUCCUGGUAUCUGCCUGCCAAUCAAGGGUCCUCCUGGCGGGGUGAACGAGUGGCCUUGAAACCCGUGAUUCAGCCACCCCAUCUCUAAGUAGGCUUCAAAAUGACCAAAGACUCAAGGAACUCACCAAUAGCUCGAAGAGAGAGGCACGUAUAUGAGAAAGCGCCAAACAAAACACUAAAAUAAACGAUGCCUCGUGAACUAGGUUAAUAUAAGACUAUAAAGGUAAUCUGAAAAGUGACCCUAUGUUCUAGACUAUUAUACAUGACAUUUCUAGUUCCUAUACCUACAUCGAACUCUAUCCGUCCAAACUUGUAACUAGACACUGAAAUCCUGAUACCACGAAUAUACGUCCAUAACUCAAAGAAACAACCAUACAAAAUAAAAACAAGUCAAAGAAACACUGAAACACGACGCGAAUCUUCUGCCGUCUGACUCGGAGCAAAUAAAACAAAAAUGAGAGUGAAGAGGGCACGAUAUAAGGGACUGAUUGAAGAAGAGUAAACAAACAUUCCCCUAGCAGCACCUCACCUCACCUCGCGCUCUCUAUACAUACUCCCACGGGUUCCUCACAAUCUCGCACUUCAGUUUAAUUAAUAGUGUGUGUACGUAUGUGGCUUGGUGAUUCAUACUGCAACAUGAAGGGCUACAGAGCGUUUAUUUGCUACAUGCUGCUGGGGGCGGGCGUGGUAAACUUGCUUGUGGGAGUGAGUUUCCUGUACCGCCUAUCUCGCACCAACACCAGUGCCACCGUUGCCGCCCCCGCCUUCAAGCAACAGAAGGUGGGGAAAGCGGAAAGGAAGUCCCAACCUGAUAUAAGAUGGAAGAAUGACCGGGAGCCAUCGUGUGCGAGAAGCCAGGGGUCUUCACAGAACACAACAAUGGCUGACGCUGCUACCAUUGCCAAGCUGGAGGAGGGCUUCAAGAAGCUGGAGGCUGCCACUGACUGCAAGUCUCUCCUGAAGAAGUACCUCACCAAGUCUGUGUUCGACCAGCUCAAGGGCAAGAAGACCAGCCUGGGCGCCACCCUCCUCGAUGUGAUCCAGUCCGGUGUUGAGAACUUGGACUCUGGCGUUGGUGUGUACGCUCCUGACGCCGAGGCCUACACCCUCUUCGCCCCUCUGUUCGACCCCAUCAUCGAGGACUACCACAAGGGUUUCAAGCAGACUGACAAGCACCCUAACAAGGACUUCGGCGAUGUCAACCAGUUCGUCAACGUGGACCCCGAUGGCAAGUUCGUGAUCUCCACUCGCGUACGUUGCGGCCGCUCCAUGGAGGGCUACCCCUUCAACCCCUGCCUCACCGAGGCCCAGUACAAGGAGAUGGAGUCCAAGGUUUCCUCCACCCUGUCCAACCUCGAGGGUGAGCUCAAGGGCACAUACUAUCCUCUCACUGGCAUGACCAAGGAUGUGCAGCAGAAGCUGAUCGACGACCACUUCCUCUUCAAGGAGGGUGACCGCUUCCUGCAGGCCGCCAAUGCCUGCCGCUACUGGCCCACUGGCCGUGGCAUCUACCACAACGAUAACAAGACCUUCCUGGUGUGGUGCAACGAAGAGGAUCACCUCCGCAUCAUCUCCAUGCAGAUGGGUGGUGACCUGGGCCAGGUUUACCGCCGCCUUGUCAGCGCUGUUAACGAGAUUGAGAAGCGCGUGCCCUUCUCCCACCAUGACCGCCUGGGCUUCCUCACCUUCUGCCCCACCAACCUUGGCACCACUGUGCGUGCCUCCGUCCACAUCAAGCUCCCCAAGCUGGCCGCCAACCGCGAAAAGCUUGAGGAAGUCGCUGGCAAGUACAGCCUCCAGGUUCGCGGCACCCGCGGCGAGCACACUGAGGCUGAGGGUGGCGUGUACGAUAUCUCCAACAAGCGCCGCAUGGGUCUUACUGAAUUCCAGGCUGUUAAGGAGAUGCAGGACGGUAUCCUUGAGCUCAUCAAGAUUGAGAAGGAAAUGCAGUAAAGUUCGGCUCCUCCCUCUAUGGGUGAGGGCGAGCCGGUCUCUGCUGUAGGAAGAGGGUGCCCCACCCUGGACCCGGGGCCCAGGAGAGUGGCGCUGGAUUAGGCAUUUGUCAGCCCGGCAACAAACCAUCUAACCUAGCGAGCUGAUAAAGCCAAACUAGACCCCGCCAACAUUCCACGCAGCCGGGGCUUGUAGCCGGGCCGGGCGUGGUGGCCUUGUACAUACCAUCUAUCGUAAAGACGCGCCCAGCCCUCGCUACAUCACAUUCAACUGUUAUCACAUAAACAUUAUAACAGUAAAACCUUUAAAAAUCCUCA